AUGUCAGAGGCACAAUCAGCAGUGGACGCGAUUGCCAUCGCUUCAAAUCCUACAAAUUCUUCGUCCAUCUUAUCUUUUUCCUGGGCUGAUCAAUUGGCGGUGGCAGUUCCGCAUAUUCUUUAUGCAAACACCACAUCUGUAUCCCCUUAUCUAGUCCAAACAAGUUUAUUUUUGGCCAUUGCCACUGUGUGUAUCUUGAUUGGGUCCCAUUCAACAGUGAGUAAACCUAGAAAUGCGGCAUUGCCUCUGAGUGAUGUGGAGAAUCCGUCAUAUGACCCAACCGAUAACGAUGAAUCCAAAUAUCUCAUUACAUCCCCAGAAUCCUUGAAAUUGGCAAUAUUACAAUUAGAUUCCAUAAAGAUACAACAUGUUGUGGCCUUUCCAUUUGUGACUGCAGCUACUUUGUUCGGGUUACACCGUGCUAUCCAUUACUUGAGUGCUGAGCAGAUCAAUUAUUGGUUGAACGUCCACUUCAUGUUAGUGUCCUUCGUUGCUGUUUAUCGUAACUCGAAUGUCAUGUUGAACAGAUUCACUCGUCGAUUUUCCAAACUUUUCGGCAAAGAUUCCACCAUUUUCUUCGAAAGGUACAAACUCACCUUAUCUACCAAUCGUGAACUACCAUUGGGUCCCAUUCAACACAUUGACUCAGAUAAAUUGGUGGAGGAAACCAAAAAAGACGAUACUUGGCUCUACAAAUUGCGGAAGUAUUUGAAGGACCAAGGAUUUUCUGUGAUCGGUGCACCCGCUAUCGCUUCUGAUGAGUACCACGGGUUGGUUUUCGAUUUGAAACCAUUGAUUCUCCUUCCUUUGAGUUUGGGAAGCAUGUAUCUCUUUUACUUGCACAACCCAAUCCUUAACUCGAGCUAUGGACAGCCAGAUAUUAACUGGUUGAUUCUUGAUUUCAUGCUGGCCAAUAUGGCUGCUUUUGCGAUCGGUUGCUUGAAAUUUCCUAACUUCAAAUUUAUGGCAAUUUUAUUGGGAGGGUUAUUCUUGUAUGACAUUUAUUUUGUCUUCCAGAGCAAUAUUAUGAUGGAAGUUGCAACUAAGGUCAAUGCACCAAUUAAAAUUCUUAUUCCACAACAACCCCAAGGUUUCAAAGUUCCAAUGAGCCUCUUGGGAUUAGGUGAUAUUGUCAUACCUGGAGUUUUGGCCUCAUUAAGUUUGCGUUUUGAUUUGUUCAACUAUCACGAAGAUCACCCUCUGGCGUACCAUCAUUUGACACGUUAUCCUCGCCCAUAUUUUAAGACCACGGUUGCCUCGUACCUCAUUGGAUUAUCAUUGACCUUUGUAGUACUUCACAAGACAGGAAAUGGCCAGCCAGCAUUGCUUUAUAUCGUUCCAUCGAUGUUCGUUGGUAUUUCUUUGUUGGCUACUAUCCGUGGUGAAAUGUCCAAACUCUUGAGUUUUGACGAGACCAUCAAAGAGUUUGACGAGAAAAACUAUGAUAAUAUUGGCCAGGACGACGAAUCGGACUCCGACUACAAUUUUUCUGGAGAUGACUCGUUAGAUGAGUGGAUAGACAGAGUUGAAGAAGACAGAAAUGAAGAUGCCACAGACAUCGAUGAAUUUCUCAAACAGGCACCCAAAACGCUUCCCAGAGUGGUAUACACCUUUAACAGUGACUCGGAAUCAGACGAAGAAGAUGACACAUACAUUAUAGGAGAAGAGGAGGAGUCGGACAUAGAAGAUUUAGAAGAUUUAGAAGCCGUGGAUGAACUGCUCGUGGUAGAGGAAUCGGAAUUAAUCCUUAUCAAGAAAGAUCUCAAAAAGGAAGUACGCGAGGUGUACAGUGACGAAGAAUAG